CACACACCACACACGCACAAACACACACACAUAGUGCCGCCGCCGCUGCUGCUGCUGCUGCUGCUCACACGCUGUCCGGCCACUUGGAAAUUUCCCUGAACGCGCAGGAUAUUUGCGAGCCGAGGAGCGGGACUGUCGGCUAAUGUGCAUCUUCUCGGGGCUGCCUCGCUUUGAAAUGCCCCAGUAGAGGACCUGAAGCUGUGAAGAUCAGCGGACAUCCAAGGCUGCAUUGUCCUCAGCAAUAAGGUGUAGCUGCAGGCCCCGCCCACACCGCCAGCCAAGAUGGUGGCGCUGUCGCUGAAAAUCUGUGUGCGCCAAUGCAACGUUGUGAAGACGAUGCAGUUUGAGCCCUCCACAGCUGUCUACGAUGCCUGCAGGAUCAUCAGAGAGAGAGUCCCAGAGGCUCAAACCGGACAGGCUUCAGACUAUGGUCUGUUUCUAUCUGAUGAAGACCCCAGAAAAGGCAUCUGGUUGGAGUCUGGAAGGACACUGGACUAUUACAUGCUCCGCAACGGGGAUAUUCUCGAGUACAAGAAGAAGCAAAGACCCCAGAAAAUCAAAAUGUUGGAUGGGGCUAUUAAAACCAUCAUGGUGGAUGACUCCAAAACAGUGGGAGAGCUGCUUGUGACUAUAUGCAGUAGAAUAGGCAUUACGAACUACGAGGAAUAUUCUCUGAUCCAGGAGACGGUGGAGGAGAAGAAGGAGGAAGGGAUGGGCACGCUGAAGAAGGACAGGACGCUGCUGCGUGACGAAAGGAAGAUGGAGAAGCUGAAAGCCAAACUGCACACAGAUGAUGACUUGAACUGGCUGGACCACAGCAGGACGUUCAGAGAGCAGGGGGUGGACGAGAACGAGACUCUUCUGCUCAGACGCAAGUUCUUCUACUCAGACCAGAAUGUAGACUCCAGAGACCCGGUCCAGCUCAACCUGCUUUACGUACAGGCUCGAGACGACAUUCUAAAUGGUUCCCACCCCGUAUCAUUUGACAAAGCCUGUGAGUUUGGAGGCAUUCAGGCCCAGAUCCAGUUUGGACCUCACAUAGAGCACAAACACAAACCUGGAUUCUUAGACCUGAAGGAGUUUCUCCCCAAAGAAUACAUCAAGCAGAGAGGAGCCGAGAAGAAAAUAUUCCAGGAACACAAGAACUGUGGAGAAAUGACAGAGAUUGAAGCAAAAGUAAAAUAUGUUAAACUGGCGAGGUCUCUGCGGACGUAUGGUGUCUCCUUCUUCCUUGUCAAGGAAAAAAUGAAGAGUAAGAACAAGCUGGUGCCGCGACUCUUGGGGAUCACCAAAGAAUCUGUGAUGAGAGUGGACGAGAAGACCAAAGAUGUGGUUCAGGAGUGGCCUCUUACCACUGUGAAGAGGUGGGCUGCGUCACCCAAGAGCUUCACCCUGGACUUCGGGGAGUACCAAGAGAGCUACUACUCGGUUCAGACCACUGAAGGGGAACAGAUCUCUCAGCUCAUUGCCGGUUACAUCGACAUCAUCCUCAAAAAGAAGCAAAGCAAGGACCGCUUUGGAUUAGAAGGUGAUGAGGAGUCAACCAUGCUGGAGGAAUCUGUAUCCCCAAAAAAGUCGACCAUCCUUCAGCAGCAGUUUAACCGUGUCGGCCGCAUGGAGCACGGCUCUGUGGCACUUCCAGGGGUGAUCCGCUCCGGCUCCAUUGGCACGGAGUCGCUGAGCAUGGGUACCAUGCCAUCUGCUCAGCAGCAGAUCACAAUGGGCCAGAUGCACCGUGGACACAUGCCACCACUGAGCUCAGCACAGCAGGCUCUGAUGGGAACCAUCAACACCAGUAUGCAAGCUGUACAGAAGGCCCAGAUAGACCUGGGAGAGGUUGACAACCUGCCACCACUGGGGCAAGAUAUGGCUUCAAAGGUGUGGAUCCAAAACAAGAUGGAUGAAUCCAAACAUGAGAUCCACUCUCAAGUGGACGCCAUCACGGCAGGAACAGCCUCCGUUGUCAACCUCACUGCUGGUGAUCCUACCGACACAGAUUACACAGCAGUGGGAUGCGCCAUCACUACUAUUUCCUCCAACCUGACUGAAAUGUCAAAGGGUGUGAAGCUGUUGGCUGCACUGAUGGAGGACGAUGUGGGAGGAGGAAAUGACCUGAUGAAGGCCGCCAGGACACUUGCCGGAGCCGUGUCUGACCUGCUGAAAGCUGUGGAACCAGCCUCUGGAGAGCCCAGACAGACUGUGCUGACAGCAGCAGGCAGCAUCGGCCAGGCCAGCGGAGACCUCCUGCGCCAGAUAGGAGAGAACGAGACAGAUGAGAGGUUCCAGGACAUCCUCAUGAAUCUGGCCAAAGCAGUGGCCAACGCGGCAGCCAUGCUGGUGCUGAAGGCCAAGAACGUGGCCCAGGUUGCAGAAGACACCGUCCUCCAGAACCGGGUCAUCGCUGCGGCCACACAAUGCGCCCUGUCCACCUCCCAGCUGGUGGCAUGUGCCAAGGUGGUGAGUCCGACCAUCAGCUCCCCGGUUUGCCAGGAGCAGCUAAUCGAAGCCGGGAAGCUGGUGGAUCGCUCGGUGGAGAGCUGCGUCCAGGCCUGCCUCUCAGCCACAGAGGAUGGCGAGCUCCUCAAACAGGUGAGCGCUGCAGCCAGCGUGGUGAGUCAGGCUCUGGGAGAUCUCCUGCAACACGUCCGUCAGUACACCUCAAGAGGAGAGCCCAUCGGGCGCUACGACCAGGCCACGGACACCAUCAUGACGGUCACCGAGAGCAUCUUCAGCUCGAUGGGGGACGCAGGAGAGAUGGUCCGUCAGGCUCGGGUCUUGGCCCAGGCCACCUCAGACCUGGUGAAUGCCAUGAGGUCCGACGCUGAGGCCGAAGUGGAUGUCGACAAUUCUAAAAAGUUGCUGGCAGCUGCUAAGUUGCUGGCGGACGCCACUGCGAGGAUGGUGGAGGCAGCAAAGGGUGCUGCAGCGUAUCCGGAGAACGAGGACCAGCAGCAGAGACUGAGGGAGGCUGCAGAGGGGCUGCGUGUGGCCACCAACGCUGCUGCUCAGAAUGCCAUCAAGAAGAAGCUGAUCAACAGACUGGAGAACGCUGCCAAGCAAGCUGCGGCUGCUGCCACACAGACCAUCGCUGCUGCUCAAAACGCUGCCGCCUCGAACAAGAACACAGCUGCUCACCAGCAGCUGGUGCAGAGCUGCAAGGCAGUAGCAGAUCACAUCCCUCAGCUCGUCCAGGGAGUUCGUGGAAGUCAGGCCAAACCGGAGGACCUCAGUGCACAACUAGCCCUCAUCAUUGCCAGUCAGAACUUCCUACAGCCCGGCAGCAAGAUGGUGACCUCGGCCAAGUCGUCUGUUCCCACGGUGACAGAUCAGGCUGCAGCCAUGCAACUGGGUCAGUGUGCCAAGAACCUGGCCACCUGCCUGGCUGAACUGAGGAUGUCUGCACAGAAGGCUCAUGAAGCUUGCGGCCCCAUGGAGAUUGACUCUGCGCUCACUGCCAUCCAGACCCUGAGAAGUGAACUGCAAGAUGCCAAGCUGGCUGCUGUAAACACCCAACUGAAACCACUACCUGGAGAAUCGUUGGAGAAGUGCGCUCAGGAUCUGGGCAGCACCUCGAAGUCGGUGGGAUCCUCCAUGGCUCAGCUGCUCACCUGCGCUGCACAAGGAAAUGAGCACUACACGGGAAUAGCAGCCAGAGAGACGGCUCAGGCCCUGAAAACUCUCGCCCAGGCGGCCCGCGGCGUCGCUGCUUCCACCACAGACCCCAAGGCAGCGGCUGCCAUGUUGGACUCGGCUCGCGAUGUUAUGGAGGGCUCGGCGCUUCUGAUUCACGAGGCCAAGCAGGCGUUGAUUUCCCCCGGAGAUGCGGAGAGCCAACAGCGGCUGGCACAGGUGGCCAAGGCCGUCUCUCAUUCCCUGAAUAACUGCGUCAACUGUCUGCCUGGCCAGAAGGAUGUGGACAUGGCUCUCAAGAGCAUCGGGGAGGCCAGCAAAAAGCUGCUGAUAGAAACUAUCCCUCCAGCCUCCAAGUCAUUCCAGGAGGCCCAGAGUGAGCUGAACCAAACUGCAGCAGACCUGAACCAGUCGGCAGGCGAGGUGGUCCACGCCUCCAGGGGCUCGAGCAGCCAGCUGGCUGUGGCCUCUGGGAAGUUCAGCCAAGACUUUGACGAGUUCCUGGAUGCUGGCAUAGAGAUGGCUGGCCACACUCAGAAAAAGGAUGAUCAGGUGCAGGUGAUUGGUAACCUGAAGAACAUCUCCAUGGCUUCUAGCAAGCUGCUGCUGGCUGCUAAAAGUCUGUCUGUGGAUCCAGCAGCUGCAAAUGCCAAGAACCUGCUUGCUGCUGCUGCGAGAGCUGUGACUGACAGCAUCAACCAGCUGAUCACGCUGUGUACACAGCAGGCUCCUGGCCAGAAGGAGUGUGAUAACGCCCUGAGAGAGUUGGAGGCUGUCAGAGGAAUGCUGGACAACCCCAAUGAACCGGUCAGUGACCUCUCCUACUUCGACUGCAUCGAGAGUGUGAUGGAGAACUCCAAGGUCCUGGGAGAGUCCAUGGCAGGUAUUUCUCAAAACUGCAAGACCGGUGAUGUGCCUGCGUUUGGAGACUGUGUGGGGUCGGCCUCCAAAGCCCUGUGUGGCCUCACUGAAGCUGCAGGACAGGCCUCCUACCUGGUGGGCGUAUCUGAUCCCAACAGUCAAGCAGGACACCAGGGGUUGGUGGAUCCCAUCCAGUUCGCCAAAGCCAACCAGGCAAUCCAGAUGGCCUGUCAGAAUCUUGUUGACCCCGAGAGCAGCCCCUCCCAGGUGCUCUCAGCAGCCACCAUUGUUGCUAAGCACACCUCGGCAUUGUGCAACGCCUGCCGUCUGGCUUCCUCUAAGACGACCAACCCUGUUGCCAAGAGACACUUUGUCCAGUCUGCCAAGGAGGUGGCCAACAGCACCGCCAACUUGGUCAAAACCAUCAAGGCUUUAGACGGUGAUUUCUCAGAGGAGAACAGGAACCGGUGUCGAGUCGCCACAGCUCCGCUAAUCGAAGCUGUGGAAAACCUGACAACAUUUGCUUCAAACCCCGAGUUUGCCAGUGUCCCAGCUCAAAUCAGCAAUGAGGGCUCUGCAGCACAGGAGCCCAUCCUCCACUCAGCACGCUCUAUGCUGGACAGCUCUACUCACCUGCUCAAAACUGCACGCUCAUUGGUUAUCAACCCCAAAGACCCGCCCACGUGGUCGGUUCUGGCUGGUCACUCUCGCACCGUCUCCGACUCCAUCAAGGGUCUCAUCACAGCCAUCCGGGACAAGGCCCCAGGCCAGCGGGAGUGUGACUCGUCAAUUGAUAACAUCAACAAAUGCAUCCGGGACAUUGAGCAGGCGUCCCUGGCAGCCGUCAGCCAGAACUUACCUAGCAGGGACGACAUCUCACUGGAGGCGCUACAAGAGCAGCUGACGUCCACCGUGCAGGAAAUUGGCCACUUAAUUGACCCCGUUUCCACUGCUGCCAGGGGCGAAGCUUCCCAACUAGGACACAAGGUGACCCAAUUGGCUCGUUACUUUGAGCCGCUGAUCAAGGCCUCUGUGGGCGUGGCGUCCAAGCUGAGUGACCACCAGCAGCAGAUGACUUUCCUGGACCAGACCAAGACUCUGGCCGAGUCUGCCCUGCAGAUGCUCUACGCUGCCAAGGAGGGUGGCGGAAACCCGAAGGCAUCGCAUACCCAUGACGCCAUAGCAGAGGCGGCUCAGCUCAUGAAGGAGGCGGUCGAUGACAUCAUGGUGACGCUGAAUGAGGCCGCCAGCGAGGUGGGAAUGGUGGGAGGAAUGGUGGAGUCCAUUGCAGACGCCAUGGCCAAGCUGGACGAGGGGACGCCACCUGAACCCGACGGCUCCUUUGUGGAUUACCAGACCAGUAUGGUGAAAUAUUCCAAGACAAUUGCUGUUACUGCUCAGGAAAUGAUGACUAAAUCGGUGACGUGUCCAGAUGAGCUGGGAGCUCUGGCCUCUCAGGUGACCGUGGACUACAGCCAGCUGGCCGUUCAGGGACGACUGGCUGCUCACACAGCUGAGCCAGAAGAGAUUGGUUUCCAGAUCAAGACUAGAGUGCAGGAACUUGGCCAUGGCUGUAUCUUCCUGGUCCAGAAGGCUGGAGCUCUGCAGAUCACACCGUCUGACAGCUUCACCAAGCGGGAGCUCAUUGAAUGUGCCCGAGCAGUCACAGAAAAGGUGUCCUUGGUGCUCUCAGCCCUCCAGGCAGGUAACAAGGGCACGCAGGCUUGCAUCACGGCGGCCAGCGCGGUAUCCGGCAUCAUCGCUGAUCUGGACACCACCAUCAUGUUUGCCUCCGCUGGCACCCUCAACGCAGAGAAUGACGAGUCCUUCGCAGACCACAGGGAGAACAUUUUGAAGACGGCCAAAGCUCUGGUCGAGGACACAAAGAUGCUGGUGUCUGGUGCAGCUUCCGGUCAGGACAGGUUGGCUCAAGCUGCCCAGUCUUCUGCCAAAACCAUUACGCAGCUCACAGAUGUGGUCAAACUGGGAGCUGCCAGCAUCGGUUCUGAUGAUCCUGAGACACAGGUGGUUCUGAUAAAUGCUGUCAAAGAUGUGGCCAAGGCACUGGCUGAGCUCAUUAGUGCCACCAAGUGUGCCGCUGGCAAGUCAGCAGAUGAUCCGUCCAUGUACCAACUGAAGAGUGCUGCCAAGGUCAUGGUGACUAACGUGACGUCCCUGCUGAAGACGGUGAAGGCUGUGGAGGACGAGGCUACUCGAGGCACCAGAGCGCUGGAGGCCACCAUCGAGUGUAUUAAACAGGAAAUGGCGCUGUUUCAAUCCAAAGAUGCUCCCAACAAGACGACGACACCCGAGGAGUUCAUUCGCAUGACUAAGGGCAUCACCAUGGCAACUGCUAAAGCUGUAGCAGCAGGAAACUCUGCCCGGCAGGAGGACAUCAUCCAUACAGCCAACCUCAGCCGCAAAGCCAUUUCAGACAUGCUCACCACCUGCAAGCAAGCCGCCUAUCAUCCAGAGGUAAACGAGGAGGUGAAGAACAGAGCGCUGAUGUUCGGAUUAGAGUGUACAACUGGAUACAUCGACCUGCUUGAACAAGUACUAAUGGUCCUGCAGAAGCCCACUGCAGAGCAGAAGCAGCAUCUGGCAGCGUGCUCCAAACGGGUGGCAGGAGCCGUAACAGAACUCAUCCAGACCGCUGAGGCCAUGAAAGGUUCGGAGUGGGUGGACCCCGAGGAUCCAACCGUGAUUGCAGAGACUGAGCUGCUCGGAGCAGCAGCGUCCAUCGAGGCUGCAGCCAAGAAGCUGGAGCAGCUCAAACCCCGAGCCAAGCCAAAGCAGGCUGAUGAGACUCUGAACUUUGAGGAGCAGAUCCUGGAGGCAGCUAAAUCCAUCGCUGCAGCCACCAGCGCUUUGGUCAAAUCUGCCUCAGCCGCCCAGAGGGAGCUGGUGGCUCAGGGCAAAGUGGGCUCCAUCCCUGCCAACGCCGUGGACGACGGACAGUGGUCCCAGGGUCUCAUCUCUGCUGCGCGUAUGGUAGCGGCAGCCACCAGCAACCUGUGUGAGGCCGCCAACGCCUCGGUGCAGGGCCACGCCAGCGAGGAGAAGCUCAUCUCUUCAGCCAAACAGGUGGCAGCAUCCACUGCUCAGCUGCUGGUGGCCUGUAAGGUGAAGGCCGACCAGGACUCUGAGGCCAUGAGGAGGCUGCAGAUCGCUGGGAACGCUGUGAAGAAGGCGUCAGACAAUUUGGUGCGAGCGGCCCAGAAGGCAGCAUUUGACAAAGCGGAUGAAGACAACGUGGUGGUCAAGACGAAGUUCGUAGGCGGAAUAGCGCAGAUCAUUGCAGCGCAGGAAGAGAUGCUGAGGAAGGAGAGAGAGCUGGAAGAAGCCAGAAAGAAACUGGCUCAGAUCAGGCAGCAGCAGUACAAGUUCCUGCCCAGCGAGCUUCGAGAGGACGACAACUAACCGCUGCCGUUUACGCUCUAACCAGUGUGAAGAGCACAUCUGUAUUUGUGCGCCAAUGUGUGUCUUUCUAAUGGCACACCUGGACAGGUAUGUGGCCUCCAGUGACUUCAGAAGUAUUGUGACUGAUUAAACAAACCAGUAAAGCCCGAGUCUGCAGUGAACGCCGCUGACCGCAUCGUGUGGGAAGAUCUUCAAGUCAACUACUAGCGAGUUUGAAAUACUACUGUGUGGAACUGACUACUUCGUGAAAACAUCGUACAGACUGAAGAACUUCUUCAUGUCCUCAUGUAAAGCAUAACUACUACGACUGAUGUAAUCUGAAACUGAAUGUGACCUGCUUAGGACAAACGGCACAGCUCAUUCGCUCUCAUGUUUGCCCGCAAGCUCCGAUUUCUUUCUUUUCUUUCAAAACUCGCAGCUCUAGUGCAUAAACUUUAAGAUGAAGAAUUGAUUGUACUGCUGUUCGUGUCACGUAACUGCAUCUGAGGGCAAAAACAUUUCAGCUGGGUACUCUGAUAAUGAAUGAAUGUUGGCCUUUGUGCUCCAGUUUGGCACCUUAACGUCUGUCUGAAUCAUGUAAAUCACUGUGGCACGUCUUGACUUCAGUUCAGUGGCCAUUAGCCCUAAUAUGAAGGAGGGUCCGAUUUUGCAUAAUGGUGUUUCUUGGACCAUAAUGUGAAUUUCAAUAAUGGACAUUUGUUUUGGGGAAUCUCCCGUUAGUAGACGGUUAUAUAAGCAUCUUUGCUUUCUCUCGUCGUUUUUCUUCUGAUAUUCGUUGGCUGUACACGCAAAAUGUCUUCUUAAGAUGCAACAAAUUCUACGUGUUCGUCAAAAUCACUGCAUAUAGGUGUGAUCAUGUGCAGCCAUUCAAACAGAAUGUUUUCCAUUAUGUUACCAUGUGAAUGCUUUUCUACACAGGACAGCAUAUUUACCAUAGAAAGAAUAUUUAUUACUUCCGAGUGUUUUUAGCAAAGAGAGGUCUUUCGGGGGCAGACAUAGUUUUGUUUAGUUGCUGUCGGACAACCUUGCAAUCCUUCAGACGUUUUUUUUUUUAUUCCUUUAUCAUUUCAGGUGUUGAGAUCUACGUACGGUAUGAGCAGAAUUUGAUCAUGAUGCAAUAAGACGGAUGGUGCUUUAGAGGGCAGUAUUGGUUUUCCGUAUGCCUGCAAACUUCAAGUAAUAAUCCAGAAGAGGAUGUUGUGUUACUGAGUGCUUAUGUAUUUGACUUUCAGUGUAAGAUAGAUAGUUUGCAGAACUUGGCUGGCUCCUACAUCGUGCAAAUAAAGAAGAACUGGAAAGAAUACCUCGCACCUUCUGAACCAGUCGAAUGCCGUGCAGUACCACGUCCUAUGCAUGUGCUUGUUUCUGUGGGUUACUUCACCCAGCAGUAGAUUUACUUUGGUCCUGAUGUUGACAUUUUUCUUUCCCACUCCUUUUCUAGCAAUACUCAAAUCACUGCCAGGGAUUGAUUUGUGUCAAUUCACCUCCAAUUCUGCGCAACAAAAUUCAUAAUCUGAAACUUACUUGGCAAUAAGCGAAACAAAUCACAGCUUCUAGCAGGUUAAAGUGAGUGAAUUGAAAGUGAAGUGACUGCGACACUGAUCACUGCAGUUAUUCUUUUCUGGGUGCUCUGUGCGACUUUUACUGAAUAUGCUACUUGCUGCAAUAGAAGAACCUUUUUUUUUGUUCACCGAGUUUGAUUGUACUGUGUUUUGUUCCCUCGUCUUACUAUACGGGCUGUGUUUCAAUAUUAAACUACGGUAUAGUGUAAGAUUAGGUCCUGCUGUGAAAAUGCAUGGCUUUGUGUUGCAGAUGCAGAGUGAUUCAGACCUCCACGUACAGGCAGUGCACCACAGCUGCUAGCUGAGGACAGGCCGUCACCUUUAAGGGUUUUUUUUGUUUUUUUUUGACAGUUGAAUUCAGAGGUGUUUUCUGCCGUUGUGUUUUGUGUGGGAGGGAGGGAGGGUCCACUGCUUAUCAGUCGAGUCUGUAGUGUUAUUAUUAGUGCCUUAGUCCGUAGCCCAUACAGUGUCCGGUCUGCUUGAGUGACAGCUUCACCUGAUCGGUCAGUAGAAGGUACUGGACGAGCUGUCAUUUUGGAAAUGUAGGUUCAUGUCUGUGGGUUGUUUUUUUAACAUUUGUGGUCCCACUUGCUAACGUGCUGUUCCUCCAAGUGCUGAAGCCAUCUGCACCCCCUUUACUUUUCUCUCUGCCACAUGCAAGGCCUUUCGGGGACGACAGAGGAACCGUUCGCCAGUCAAGAAAAUGUGUUGCUGUUUAAAAUGUACUAUCAGUAUAUAUACUGUAUAUGUAUAUUAUAUAUGAGCACAUUUUUGUACUGCAUUCCAUGGGCAUGCACCACAGUGCUUCUGAACUACGACAGACCGGAGGUUUGAGAUCUGUCAACUGCUUUAUUGUGUGUUAUGAAGUCACAGAAAUUUUAUGGAUGGGCUUUUAUUUUGUUGUGCUUUUAAGACUCUAUGAAAGAUACAUGUGGUAAGAACAUUUCGAUAUAUCUGUCACCAUUAAGAUGUUGUGACGCAUUUCAAUGCUGUGGAGUAAUUGAAGUGUUCUGUAUGUUUUGUUUUUUUCCCCUCUUAACAGAAAUAAAAUUAGGAAGCCGCUACAAUAAAGAUAAGUGAUAACGUACAGUAUAAAAGAUAUUUAUCUGGCCUCGAUAAAACUAUUUUUUGUAUUCACUGAAAAUAAAGCAUUUCAAUGUAAUGACA